AUGCUCGUCGGCCUCAUCUACGCUCUGGUCAUCGCCUCGCCGACCGCAUUCGCUGCUAUCCCCCGCCUCAACUUCCAUGAGGCGCGGGCGUGGGGUAUCGACAUCCAGCCCCGCCAGCCCGAGAUCAUGUGCCCGACGGGUUUCGAUCUCUGUGGGGUGGACUCUUGCGCUCCCAAAGACGGCAGCGCUGUGUGCUGCGAAGAUGGCUCGCUCUGCCCGGCCAACUAUAACUGCCUUCCCAACGUGUGCUGCCCGUUCGGAGAGGUCUGUGAUAAGAACAUGAGCAUUGAUACCACUACCAUCUUAAUCAACAAUGGCACUGUUGGCCCGCCGUCUCAGACUGGAAUUGCGUCGGCCGCCGGUCUGCUCCCUUCUCCGUUCCUCCAGUCCCAGUCGGCUGCGACUAAAAGCGGUACCUCUUCCCUCUCUGGCUCGAGUUCCGCCCUGGUCCCCACAGCCACUGGCGCGGUUUCUGGUGGCCUUGCCCUCACUGCGGGUUGGGCGCUCUGGCCUGCCGCUGCUGCCCUGAGCUUCUUUGCCUGA